AUGGAAAACGCAGGGAGAUCAGCACCCACACCCUCUCGAUCCCCCCACCCGCCUUUCACGGCCGCUCGCAGAACACCGAGCCAGUGUGUGUACAGAGGUACGGUGCUGUAGCACCGGGUGGGAGGGAGAGAGGCAAUAAGAAGAAAAAGAUCUGCAUUUUUUGUUUUUCGCACAGAACAGCACGCGACGCGGGAACUCGCUCUCCGAUCCCUGAGAAAGAAAGGAUGGCUUCGAGAGAGACUGGCCGCCGGCUGCCAGAGGGGGACACUAGCGCGGCUCACGUGGACACGAAUGCAGCGCCUUCGUCACCGACCUCAAGCCAAGGAUCGUGGGUGGUAGACCCAGACGACGGCUGGGAUGACAGCGGCAGCACCAACGUUGGCCCUAAUGAGCUACCGCCAUCGGCGGCAGUGCCGCCCUCCCCUGAAUCUCCUCGCCGGGAGCACCACCGACGCACGCCGCUGAGCCCAUCAUCACCGCUUCGAUCUUGGGCGCAGGUACCGAUGUCGCCCCCGGCCGCGGAGUACCCGGCCAUGACGACGAGCACGGCCAACAGCCCUCCGCCUUCUCCCGGCAGCGUCAGAAGCCUCAAGAGCGUCGGCAGCGUGUCCAGCGACGGCGGCGGCGGCAGCAGCAGGCGGUCGGUGGCCGGCGAAGGGCUUGUGGCACUGGCUCGCGACGAGAACCCUACUCUUGACACGACGGGAGCCCUACUCUUGACGCCGCGGCUAGCGUCGAAAGUCAUGGACACUUCUGACUCCGCCGCGCCGACGGGAGCGGUGUCCCGCUCCCCCGCUGUGCUGGCGCCGAGAUCGCUGCCCUUGGAGACGUUCGAAGCGCUCGAGGCCCAAGGGUUCUCAGGCGCGUGGGGGGGGGCGGGGGCGGGGUCGGCUUCCACGGGCCAGGACCGCGAGGUUGACGGCGUUGGCGCUGCGACGGCGGGCAUGGACGUUUCUGGCUUCCCGGACCCGGCCGACGAGGCUUUCGUGAUGACGGCGGCUCCGGGGAUGACGGCCGCGGAAGCCGUGGAGGCGAUCGCCGAGGCGGCGGAGCUGACGGGGAUCACGCCUACGUCGGUGGUGCUUUCUCGCACGACCAUGUCCCCGUCGCGGGCGUCGAGCGGCCGCCCGUCGCCGAACGAGGGGGAGGAAAAGGCCCAAGGUGUCACGUUUCGACGGGCUCACGGCAGCCCGGCGGCAACGGCUGCUGCUGCCAGGUUCCGAGCCAGGGAGCCCCUGCGAAACUUGUCUUCCAGCACCGCCAACACCGCCGCUGCUGGUGCUGCGGGCGUUGCCCGCGUUCCGGACAUCGACGCGUCGAGGGAUGAGUCGGUCACGGUGCCGGCAGCGUCGGGCAGCACGUACAUCCCCAUGGACACCGCGGUCGGCAUGGGCGUCGACGUGGACGAUGUGGACGGCACGUACGACAGGCUGUGGCGUUGGACCGGCUUCCUGACGGCCGCCAAGAUGGGGGUCAUCCCCAUCAUCGUCUGCGCCACCGUAGCCGCUCUGUCGACCCAAUCUAGCAGCGGUGACCGUGGUGGCCGCGGGGCUGGAGGCGGGAGCGGGGGCGGCCGGGGCGGCGGGCGCGGCGGCGGUGGCACGCGGUGCAGCAGCCGCAGGCGUCCUCAGGGCGGCGGCGGCGGGGGCGGUUGCUUCCCCGACGUCCGCAUCGACCGCUGCGUGUACGGUGGCAUGCCCAUGCCAUACUGCGUCGCCCCCUCCGUCGCGUGCGCUUAGGUGUCUCCAUAGGAUGAUGUCCAGCAGCGAUCGGCGUCCGUGCACAUGCGGUACUGGUACGUUGGCGGUCACGCUUGCGGUCGGGCUAAUGUGGCUGCGUCGUCUCCCAAUAGUGUGAGGCGUACUCACUCGUAGCGUGUGGGGGUGGAGCGUGAGCAGCAAUAGCAGACAGCAGUGUAGCGUCCUCCCUGUUAUUCCAUGUCCAUUUGACGGUUGCAGAGUAGCAGACGGGCAAUCACUGAAAUGAAAAAGAUCGAGUGGUCUUCAGGAUGACAGACGCGGUGAAAGGGGUCGAAUCAAGCUCGACAUGUGAAGCAUGUAGGAUGGAAAUGUAUUGUGUACGAAGUGCCGAGGGGUUAAACUGGGCGUAGGAAGGAGCGAGAAGGGGGUAGCUAGGUGUAGGGGGUGACGGGGUGGGACGUCGUAACGCGUUGUACUGGUGCACAUAUUGGGGUUCUUGUUGGAAGCUCAGCAGCGAUAGCUCAUGGACGUCGAAUGUAUAGGGGGGUGUGGCGUCGGAUUCUUUCGUAGGCGGGAUUGGGGUCUCUCCGUAGGCUUGAUUGUUGAACUUUUGUACCACGAUAUAUAUAAAAGAAAAGCUCAAGCUUGAGCGGAGGCGGAAAUGACAUCGCAAUGGGAAAUUUCUGAGAAUUGUUGGGGGAACUUAAGUUGUUCAGUAUUCGCCUAGCGGGUCGUGUGCAGGACGGACGCCGUGUAUAUAAAAUCAAAUUCAGGGAUCACCCACCGAAAUACUGCAGCGUGGUGUCUGUCCUCUCGAACUGGCUUGGAGUGGUGUAGGCGUCAGGGUGGGUCGCGGUAAUCCGCUCUGGCAUUGUUGUCCUAAUCAUGUAUCUCACCAGCCGGAACGGCAGCGGCGAACAUUUUGGUGGUGUGUACAUAUCUUGGUCCCCUUUGUCCUUGUCUUGUUUAUAUUCUACCGCUAUCGGGGUUAGUAUGGUCGUGCGAUGUAGGCGGGAAACCUUCGAACAACUCGAGUAGCAGUAUCGUAGGAAUCAUUUUUCCGGCUGCAAUAAAAGUGACCUUGCUGGCAGUAGAGCAAGAGCUGACUACAGUAGGACGAUGCACGAUUCUUUUUCCAGAGAUGUCGGUAGCGGUUUACCCACCGGGCAGUGUUUCCAUUUAGUUUCAGAACAUUGAAGAGCAGUAAGAGGCCAGACGGUGGAUGGCUAGGAAGUGACGGUGCGGGUAUGUACGGUGGUCGAUAUCUCCAGGGUUGCAGCAGAGGUGGCGCCCAACCGAAGGGAGAAAGAAGGGAGUGCAGUGGGGUGUGAUGACUGUGUCUUGCAGCUAUGGCGCCACUCCCAACCCGGCUGAUGAUGACCUCGCCGAGCGUGUUUGGUAGGCGGUUGGUCGGUGCACGGUCCAUACGUUAUGUGCCAUCGGCGUGUGGUGCCAUGUUUUGGGGGCAUUUAUCGCAAUCCUGCGCCUGUGCCAUGUGGACAAAGUGGUCAGUCAUUUGGGGAUGUAGAUCGGCGUUUGCGCUUUCUUAUCAUCGACUGUGUCCGCACGGCACUCGUUUGGCCACGGUUGGAUGUGACGUGUGGGCGGGUUUCUGUUGGCGUGGUGCUUGUCUAUCGAGCUCGCCUUCUUGAGGCAAUCCCGCGGCGCAACAGAUCAAGUCACGUGUUUCAAUAACUUCUCCUGCUGUUUCCGCAUAGGCCCCCGUCUGCCGAGACAAGUUGGUCGGGGCUCGAACCUCGCGGGCAAUAGCGUCAACUACGCUUAUGUUGCCGUUGAUCGUUGCUCUUUGUCCAGAAUACCAAAAAAACACACUGAAAAGGGACGAAGACGCCUGCGUGUCGGCGGGGCGCCUCAGGAUGUUGCCAGGGAAAGGGGCGUGUCCGUGGAGGCUUCGGGCCGUGCGUUGUACUGUAGGGUAUGGGUAGGAUUGGGGGUGGUGUGUGUUGCAUCGGCGAUGGCACCCUUGUCGGACCCCAAGAGCUGAUUGCACCGCCGCAUCUGUUUUGUCCACUACAACAGCAGCUCUGUCCAUAUUGUAUGUACGUUGCCGUUCCUAGGAGAAACAUUUGCUCUUGCUUUUGCUUCGCUUGGCGCUCUGGUGUUGCCAGUUGUUCGCGCUGACUUGGUAGUGUAGGAGCGGAUUGGUUCAAAGGCCCGCACUCUGACUCUGUAGGUAUGACGCGUUUCGAGGUUCUCCAAGCCGCCGUCUCUCAAGUCUGGUUUCAAUUUCGAUUGGAAUCGAGGCCAUUUGUUUAUUUGAUUGAAGACUGGCUCUGAGCAAUUUCUCGCGCAGUCAGAAAUUGGCCCAGUACUGUGUUGUACAGAAGCACAACCAACGCUCACGUUGCGUUGGAUGCGAAAAAGAAAAGAAUGUGGCACAUGUGAUGCGAUGUAGAUAUGAUAACAAGCACAAAUACCAACAGCGGUACC